AACCGCUGGUGUGUAUGUCGUACCGGAUUACGAAUUUUUCGAAGUUGUUUACGACACCAAGGUAAACAACGAAUCACUUUACGGUAGCUGCUAUGGCUUCUGUCUUUAGCGGCGUGUUGCAGCUGACAGAUCUCGACGAUUUUAUCACACCAUCUCAGGAAUGUGUCAAACCUGUAAAAAUCGAGAAGAAACAGGGCAAGUCUGUGGCCAAAAUCCAGAUAGAAGAUGAUGGCACUUAUGUGCAAAUCAACCCAGCCGGGCAGAAGCAGAAGCUUGAGAAAGCAAAGAUCACACUGAACGACUGCUUGGCUUGUAGUGGAUGUAUAACAUCGGCUGAGAGUGUCCUCAUCACACAGCAGAGCCAUGAGGAACUCUUCAAAGUACUGCGCAACAACAAGGCGAGCGCGACAGAGAAGAAAGUGGUGGUGGUCUCAGUGUCACCUCAGUCCAGAGCAUCCCUCGCCGCAUUCUACGGGCUCAGCAGCAGCGAGGUGGGAAGGAGGCUCACCUCUUUCUUCAAAGGCCUAGGCGUCCAUCACGUGUUUGACACAAGCUUCAGUCGGACCUUCAGCCUGCUGGAGAGCCAGAGAGAGUUUGUGGAGCGUUUCCAAAGGAAGGAGCAAGACAGCCGAGCAUUGCCCAUGAUGACAUCAGCAUGUCCAGGUUGGAUCUGCUACGCGGAGAAGACACACGGAGAUUUUAUUCUUCCUUACAUCAGCACCACUCGCUCCCCUCAGGCGAUGAUGGGCUCUCUGGUUAAAGGCUAUUUUGCGGAACAACAGGGCCUGAGCCCACAGCAAAUCUAUCACGUGGCGGUGAUGCCCUGCUUCGAUAAGAAACUCGAGGCUUCCAGGCCGGACUUCUACCUGAACAAAGCUGAGAGCAGAGAAGUGGACUGCGUCAUCACGUCCGGAGAAGUUCAGAAAAUGCUGGAAGAGGAAAAAGUGACUCUUAAUGAGAUAGAAGACGGCCCUCUUGAUACUCUUUUCAGUAACGUGAAAGACGGCGAGUUCCUGAGCCACGCCGGCAGCGGCUCAGGCGGUUACCUCCAUCACGUCUUCACCUACGCGGCCAGGCAGAUUUUUGGAGAGGAGACCAAGGAACUCACCUAUAAGAUCCUCAGGAAUAAGGACUUCCAGGAGGUGACACUGGAGAAGGAUGGCGCCGUGGUGCUGAGUUUUGCAUCAACGUACGGCUUCCGUAACAUCCAGAACCUGGUGCAGAAACUCAAGAGGGGGAAGUCGCCAUACCACUUUGUGGAGGUUAUGGCCUGUCCCUCAGGUUGUCUUAACGGUGGCGGGCAAUUGAAACCCUCCCCUGGGCAGAACCCAAAAGAGUUCCUCCAGAGGGUGGAGACGCUCUACAAAGCAGAAGUGGCCCAAACGCCGGAAGACGACGCCCGCGUGGCCGAGCUGUACCAGUCGUGGCUCCGCAGCGUUGGCGAAGAGCACGCCAGAGAACUGCUGCACACCAACUACCACGCCGUGGAAAAGAUGACCAACGGACUCACGAUGAAAUGGUGACGCCGCGUAACCGUCCAAGUACAUGUGACUCCAGCAUUUGCGUCCUUUUCAGUGGCAAAAUAUGUGAAAUGUGUAUCAAUAGUUUGCAACCAGAUUCAGUAGCAUUUUAAAUAAAUAAUCCUACAAAUAUAUUUUGACCAAAUAAAAACAUUAACCAGA